GGGGGAGGGUCUAAUAGCUGGAGAGGGGAAGAGAGAAAGAGAAGUUGCCAUUACUGACAACUCUUACUCAGCCCAGGAGCCAGAGAGGAGGAAGAAGAACAAAAGGAAAAAGGGGGGAAGUAAAAGGGAGAUCCACACUGCAGCUGUGCUAACAGGAUAAAUACACAAAAUGGAGGACUCCAACAGCAACAAGCCAUUCAUGGUGACAUCCUCUCUGAACUUCAAAGUCACCACCCCUUCCUUCUACAACCAGCCAAAGAAGUUUGCUUCUGUGGCCCCCCCACGACCCAAAAGUCAGACCCCUCCCUCAGCUCCAUCACCAACACCAAUAGGCACAGGUGUUAUUGGCCGAGUUGGAGACCUGCCUCCACCGCCCCCUUCACUCUGUGAUGACUUCCCACCCCCUCCUCCUCCACUGGAUGAUGAUUUGCCAGCCCCUCCCCCUGAAUGCUCCACCAUUCCCACUGCCUCUGAUGCUCCCCCUCCGGCGUUCCCCGCUCCACCUCCAGUGGCAGAUGACCUGCCCCUCCCAGCUCCCCCGGAGGAGAGCCGCUGUCCACCAACCUGUCCCUCUCCCCUCCUCCCCCUCCUCCUCCACCUCUCCCUGCCUCCAGUACCAAUGCUUUCAGUUCUUCAGGGACCCCACAGAGAUUCACGGAGAAGCAGACAAGUUUCGAUAAACAGCUCAACUCUCUGACUGGCAUGUUGUCUGAGAUGGAGACCAAGGGACCUUUCAACCCCAAGUUACCAAGCCAGUAUUCAUCAGCACCAGCACCCAAGGCCUCCGCUCCUCCAACCGCUCCCAAACCAGCCCUUUCCUUCCUCCCACCUCCCGAGAUGGGCGAUCGCCCUCCUCCUGCGCCCUGGGCCGAAGAACUCAAAGCCAGAACUAACCGACAGGGCAAUCACAACGCUGCGCCAAACUCUGCCGCUCAGCCUUUCGCUAAAGCGCCAGCCGUGGCUCCCAAGUCUGGAUUCGGAGGAAGAACGACAACAUCAUCAGCCUCUCUGGCGCAAAAAAUCAACCAGAACCUGAACCAGACGCCCACCGCUGCCAGCAGUGCACCUAAGCCUUCCCCUCCCAUAGCUAUCUGCUCUUUCCCUCCACCUCCUGCAGCUCCACCUGCACCUCCUGCGGCUCCGCCUGCACCUCCUGCUCCACCAAAUAACAUGGCCACUGCACCGGCUGCUAAUCACAUAAAAAGUUCUCCCUUUGCCAGUCAGAUGAACGCAAACCAAAACACUGCUGCUGCUGUGCCACCUCCUCAACCCAAAACGAUGGCAUCGCCGCCCUCCUCCUUUAACCAGCCAAUGAAAACUACCCCUACGCCCUCACCCCCGGGCCCAGUUCCUAGUGCAGGUGGAGGUGUUCCUCUGAACAUGAAAGAAGUGGAGGAGCUGGAGAGGAUGACCAAGGACUUCAUUAGAAACAUGGACGCGAACGCACCUCUCAUCACCUCCCCUCCUACAGAGGUUUGUGGAAAAUGUGGUGAGGCUCUCUCCCGUACUCAGCCAGCAGUGAGGGCCAUGGAUAAACUCUUCCACUCCACCUGCUUCUGUUGCAUGUCCUGUCACCGCCCCCUGCAGGGCAUGCAGUUCUAUGACAGGGAUGGUGCACCACAAUGUGAGGACUGCUACGUGAGCUCCCUGGCCGUGUGUUCUCGAUGUGGGGAGAAGAUCACAGACCGUGUGUUGAAGGCAGUUGGACAGUGUUUCCACGCCCACUGUUUCCGCUGCAGCACCUGCUCUUGUGUACUCGAGGGGGCACCCUUUAUCACCGAUGACAACAACAACCCCUACUGUGUCCAGGAUUACCACAGGCGUUUCUCCCCUAUGUGUGUGAGCUGUAAUGAACCCAUUAUUCCAGCCCCAGGCAGCGAGGAGACGGUCAGAGUGGUAGCUCUUGACAAGAACUUCCACCUCAAGUGUUACCGCUGUGAGGACUGUGCUCGCCCCCUCUCCAUAGAAGCAGAUGAAAAUGGCUGCUAUCCGCUGGAUGGCAAGAUCCUGUGUAUGAAGUGCCACACCCAACGAGCCAAGCAGGCCGCGCACUGAUUGGCUAAAGCAGCAUCGCUCAGUGUAACAAUGAACCAAAUCCAAAAGCACAGGAUUCAUCCAGCUGCAGAUUUUUUGCCUUUGCUACAGGGCUUUGUUCAGUGUAUGUGCGCAGGUGUGUGGGUGAAUGUUCAGCGUGAUAUGUAUGUUUGCAUGCAGAUAACGUGUAGUAUUUCCUUCGUCUUUGUUCACUUCAUUCAGUGCAGAGGUAAUGUACUGCACCGAAAUUGGUUUUAUUCUGCAUCUCUUAUUCUCCAAUCGCCCAUCUCGCCUUCUUUGUUACUAGAGCCUAUUCUUUUUGGUGCCAAUUGUAUGUUUACGCUAAAAAUUGCCAGCAAAACUUGCACAAGAACAGUUGGGUCAAAAGAACAGUCUGAUAAAUAUAAAGUUGCCUUUCUCUGUUUCUUGCCUAGAUAUUGGUAGUAGCAUCAUAAACUGGUUCCACUGGCUGUAUUCUUUCUCUUUGAGCAUUUUAACUAUGCUUUUUGUGCCUGAGACCGAGGAGUGUAAGAAACCUCCAAAUUGAGUCAUGCAGAUGUCACCAUCCUUGUUGCCUGAGAGUAGAGUACAUUGUUACACAGCCAGGCAUGAUUAAUGACGCUUUUCUGCCUAGAAAGUACUUCAUAUCAGCUAGUCUACUCUUAAUAGCAUUUUAAAGUCGCGUAGGGCUUUAAGGCAACAGCAAAAAGAAAAAUGGUGAAUAUUGCUUUGAGUUUUUGUGAUGUGAAUUUAAUGCUUUACAGGCAUGCAUUGAAUUAAGUCUUGUUGCUCUCGCUACUCGAUGAUACUGUAUAAGGGCAAGAUGAGAACAAAAAUCAGCUUUUUUGUUUUUCUACAAAAUAGUUUAGAGCUGAUUGAACCAUGCUAAGUAUUUUUAGAUGCAUGCUUUGUGGACGGCGAGAUUUCGAACAAACAAAUGAGCACAGAUUUCCCGAGCACAGACUCCAUCCUGGGGAUGUCACAUUCAAAAACCGGGUUAGUUUUAACUAUCAGCUGUAUGGCUGAAAACGGGACCUAUCAAGUAAUUUCACUGUUCCACAUAUGUGUAAAACACUCUGAGUAUGACUUUGAAUAAAAUGGCCCCUGCACAAGGUCAUUGUAAACAGCAAAUAGAAACAAAACACCAGUGUUUGAUGUGCAUUUAUUAUAAUCUCUUAGCUUAUAAACUUUGUAUGAUAUAAAUCAUGGACCUGUUUUUCCUAAGUAUUAAGGUUGCAUACGCAUCAGUACUAAAAUAACCUGUCCUGACA